AUGUCACAGAGUCGUCUUCUGUUGGACGACAUUAACUCCCUUGAUCUAAGCGCUUACCUUCAGAUCUAUCAAUGGUUUUUCCAGUUCUUUCACGGCAUAUCCAUGGCCUUUUUCCUAGGCUCCUUUCUUCAUUUUCUUCUCAUACCCUGGACACUGGCUGGCCCAGCCUCUAUGGGAUCUUUGACACCAACUCUUGCCCAAGUAAUACCCCCCUGCGCCCAAGAGUGCCUCGUGUCAUUCAUUACCACCAACUUCCCUUCUUCGUCCUGUGGGACACCUCCAGACUCCGACUGUUUAUGUAUUAGCAGUAGCGCAUCCGGCUUGACCAUUGGUGAAGGCGGGCUUGAGUGCCUGUACUCCGAAUGCCCGGACUAUGAUUUUGACAAUUCGAUUGCCCUCCAGGUCUACGAGGUUUGCGCGACCGUUCAAGGAGCCAAACCAAACACACAUUCUACACUUACCGCAACUUCAACGACCAUCGUAUCUGCGACUGGCGGGGUCAGAGCGACUCUAACGAACAGCAACAAUUUUUCUUACAAUUCUGAUUCGGGGUCUGUUUUUCCUGGUGCAUCAAGCGCGGCGUUGGGGACCAAUACAAUAAUUGCUACAGCGACAGGAUCACCUUCACCUUUUCCUAAGUCCACAUCUUCUUUAGACUAUGCUCGAACAACAAAGGUUGCAUCUGGUGGCGUUGGACUAAAUGUUACCCCUACUACAACAUCAACCUCUUCUACGAUUGGUUGGUCUUUUGGUGGUGACAAGAUCAUAGACAGUCAGGAGACUACGCCUGACAUGGCUGCCAUUGGUGGUGGAGAGUUUGAAAAUCAUCCUCAGCCUAGCAGUCCCCCUGCAGUUGUAGCUGCACCUCCACCCCGCAGAGAGCUGAGAAUAGUUACUCCCGCCAGCUCUAGCGACGAUGGUUGGAAUCGAUAUCAGAGGAGUAUGGAUCCGGAGGAGGAGAUCGCACUUGCUGUACAUCCGCCUCCCUCAAAAUCAUCGAACCAUUCCCCCAUCGACCCGGUUACCCCAGCAAGCCACCGAACAUCCUCACAACUACUCCCCGAUAAACCAAUCUACAGCUUGUUUCCUCCACCUCUGCGUGUAACUCCACGAAACAGCUCGGCACCUGCAGGCCUCAGACCAUCCGGGCCUACCGCUCCACGACAAGCCAAUCCGCCUCACGGGAAAUACAGCCCUCGAUUUCCCAGCAACAUGGACACAAGCCAAGCCCACCUCCAACCUGGAUCUAGCCGGCAAAGAAGUCUGUCGGAUCCAUUCUAUGAUGAUUUCAAUCGCUCACCCCCGCCGAAUAUAUAUCCGUAUGUGCAAGCGUCUCGACCACGGUCUCCAGGCUCAUCUCGCCCAGUCCCCAGAAAUUUCCCAGGAGCGUGGACUACACCAAUUGACAUUGUCCGUAAACCAGUUCCAGCACAGCAAUCACCGAGUGCCAGAGGACUGCGACCGGCGCCAUCAAGGACACAGCAACCGAGUCUCCCAAAGCCUUAUCCUCCGCCGCCACCACCAAUCGAACAGCACUACCUGGCAGCGAUCGAACGCUCCCACAGCCGCAAGGAUCCCCGAAGAAAGCAAAGUAACUCCAGCAGCAAACUCACACGUUUCUCCAACGGGUCAGAGACCAGCUUCGAAGACGCAGACGAAGAUGAAGCCCCAGCUGCCCGCAAAUUUCUCUCGCCCGUUGCUGAGUCUCCAGCUCUGAGAUCCCCUCAUCGCAGCGGAGUCACCUACCCCUCAAUUCCAAUAUCAGCUGCCGAGAGCCCAACUCGAACAGCACAAAAGAGAGCUCCAGCUAGACCUGAGCUGCCCACUCGAUCUGAUUCCCUUCUCUCGAAGAGACUAGGUCCGCAGAAAGCCAGAGAAAUUGCAGGCAGGUUGCAGGGGACGCACCCAGGGGUUGAUGAGGAUGUCAGGGAUACGGCCAAAUGGAAGAUCCUCGUUAGUCCUGGACUCAAUCAUCUUGAGAGCUCUGGAUCGCCACGGUCGGCUAGGGGUAAUGGAAGGACACCGCCGAUGAAUAUGUAG